GUUUGAAUAUGUUUGUUCUGAGCAGGUUGAUCUUGCUGUUGAAUGAUUUAACAUAGAAGGUGAUGGUGGACGAUGUGGAUAGUUCUAAUACGAAUUUGUCGCUCGUAGAAGAACAUUCUUCAACACAAAUAAGAUCAAGUUUAAGUUGUGAUAGCCCGCAAAACAAACCUAAUAAUAAGACCUGGAGCAGUUCACUAAAGUGUUCUGUUUCGUGUACUUCUUUAUUACCGGUUUUCAGCAUACCUUCAGAAAAGAGUCCUUCUUCGUAUGUCUACCGCACAGAUGGUGCUGAGCGUGGACUGUGUGUUGUUUUUUCAGUUGAUAAAUUUGAUCCGAUACUUUGUUUGCCACCAAGAAAUGGUUCUUUGGUUGAUAUACAAAAUAUUAAGAGAGCUUUUACGAGCCUCGACUUUAGGGUCAUAGUGCAUUCAAAUCCGACAUCCGAAAGUUUAUUUUCUUUAAUCCGAACAAUCUCAACACAAAAUCUACGCGACCAUGAUUGUUUCGCUUGUGUAAUUCUUUCUCAUGGUGAUGAGGGUGGAUUAAUAUACGCAACAGAUGGUUCUAUUCCCGUGGAUCGUAUCAUCGCUCCAUUUCGUGGGGAUCAAUGUUUGGAUUUAAGAGGCAAGCCAAAACUAUUCUUUAUCCAAGCAUGCCGUGGAAUGGCACUUGAUGACGGCGUAUUUGUUUGUGAUGGACCUUUAUCUAAUAGUAAAUCUGCGGAUGCUGCGACAACAACAAGACGGAUUCCAGUUGAGGCAGAUCUUUUCAUCGCCUAUUCAGUCCAACCAGGUUAUUACGCAUUUCGUAACUCCGUCAACGGUUCUUGGUUCAUACGAGCCUUAUCUGAUGUCUUGCUUCGGUAUGGAAAUACUUUAGAUUUGUUGAGUAUCAUGACACGUGUGAACUAUGAGGUUGCUUUUGAAUACGAGUCAACUGCAGCCAAUCCCUCAUUCUGCGGUAAGAAGCAAAUGCCAUCGUUUGUGUCUACUUUGACAAAGCACGUCAUCUUUCCACCAAAAAAACAUCGAAAUACUUCGAAACUGCUGUAAAGUUUUUAAUUCAAAGCAACUAACUGAUGGAUGUAUUCAUUAAAAUUUUUCAGAUUCGAAACAAGAAAAUAACGUGAUAUAAUUUUCUUACGGUAAAAUCCAGAGAAACAAUUUUCUAUACUUUAAAUGAUAUUUUCUCUAAAUUCCAUAUCCCUUGUGAAGUACAUGUUGAAAAUGAUAGCUGUCUAAUUUUUUGAACAAUCUGUUACAUGAUCUUCAGUUUCUUUUGAGAUAACGAUUUAUUUAAGCCUUCUAUUUGACGACCUAAAUAUCCUACUGAACAGCUAAAAAGUAUAUUUUAGUGACGUGUUUAAAUCCAUAAGAAACCUUCGAUACUGACAGUCUUAGCGUCGGAUAUAUAAAAUGGUCGAAAUAAUGUCGAGUAAAAAAAUUAGUGUUAUACUUAGAUGCUACUUUCUGCCUUUUUUUCUGACGAAUUUACUUUCCC